AUGCCUCCCAGAAGACAAAACCGUGCAAACAACCGUGAUGGUAACAAUGAUAAUUACAAUCCAGAACCUACAAUGGCCCAGAUUCUUCAGAUCUUGUCCCAACAGACUGCCAACCUGACUCAACAGCAGGAAAGGCAGGCUAAUCCCCAGGUUACUUUCAAAAACUUUCAGUCUGUUAAUCCCCCAGAGUUUAAGGGUUCAGCGGACCCUAUUGAGGCUAGGAUAUGGUUGAAGGAAAUUGAAAAGGCAUUUAUGUUGGUUAAAGUGAGAGAUGAGCAGAAGACUGAGUUUGCAAGUUAUUAUUUGAAAGAGGAGGCCACCUAUUGGUGGGAGUCUGUGAGAGCAAUGGAGGGGACAGAGGAUGUUACCUGGGAUAGGUUUAAGGAGUUGUUUUUGGAGAAAUACUUUCCUCAAUUUCUCCAGGAUCGAAUGGAGUUACAGUUUUUAGAAUUGAAGCAAGGGGAUAUGUCAGUGGCUGAGUAUGAGAAGAAGUUUGCUGAGUUGGCUAGGUUUGUUCCAACCUAUGUAGAUACCGACAGGAAAAGAGCUAAGAGAUUUCAACAGGGGUUAAAAGCAUGGAUCAGGGGAAAACUAGCCAUAUUGGAAUUAGAUACUUAUGCAGCUGUAGUUCAGAAGGCAAUGAUAGCAGAAACGGAAAGCGAAAUGUCUCAGAAAGAGAAAGAGGGAAAGAAGCGUAAGCCAGAGCAUCACGAGGGACAGUUUCAGCAGGGAAGGUUUCAGAACUUUAAUAACCCGAAGAAGGGGAAAUUUCAGCAGGGGAGAAAUCCCACUUUUAAGAAGCCAGAUGUAGGUGGUAGUGGACAAGGUAACCGUCCAGCUAUUGGAAAUCAACCAAGGCCUCCACUGCCGGAGUGCCAGAUAUGUGGAAAGAGACACGGGGGAAUCUGUAAUAGAUUGAAUGUAGUGUGUUAUAAGUGUAAUCAGAAAGGACACUAUUCUAGAGAAUGUCAGAACCCACCAGCACGGACCCCAAUGAUUCGAGAUCAACCAGCAAGGAACCAACCCAAUAGAACUCCAGCAGCUGGGAUAACAUGUUUUAGGUGUGGAAAACCAGGACACAUGGUGAAGGAUUGCAAGGUACCAGCUCCAGGUAACCCUACACUUAGAAUUAUGGGAUCCACUCCAGUAGUCCCAGAAGUUCCCAAAGCCAGAACCUACAACAUGACUAUGAGGGAUGCAGUUCAGGAUGCAGAUGUGGUGGCAGGUACGCUUACUGUGAAUUCUUUAUGUGCUAAGGUUUUGAUUGAUUCUGGAGCUACUAGAUCGUUUAUUUCUGAGGAUUUUGUGCCUAAGUUGAAUUGUCCUAUAGAAUUGCUUAAUGAGGUUAUGAAUAUAGAGUUGGCUAAUCAGGAACGUGUCCCUGUUAGCCAAGUUUAUAGGAAUUGUGAAGUUGAGAUCUUAGGAAAUAAGUUUUGUGCCGACUUGAUACCUUUCAAGUUGGGAGAGUUUGAUGUUAUGUUAGGGAUGGAUUGGUUAUCGAAGCAUAACGCUCAAAUAGAUUGUCGUAAUAAGAAGGUAAUGUUAAGGGCACCGAAUGAGAAGACGAUAGUAUUUCGAGGGCAGAAACAGGUAAAGAAGUUUUUGACUAUGAUUCAAACGAAGAGAUUGUUGCGUCAAGGUUGUGAAGCUUAUAUAGCAUAUGUAACUGAUCAGAGUCGAGAACUUGUGAAGCUUGAAGAUAUUCCUGUAGUAAACGAGUUCCCAGAUGUAUUUCCAGAUGAAUUACCCGGAUUACCUCCAGAUAGAGAAAUUGAAUUUGCAAUAGAUUUAGCACCUGGAACCGAACCAGUAUCUAAAGCCCCAUAUAGGAUGGCACCAGUAGAAAUGAAGGAAUUGGCAACCCAGUUACAAGAAUUGUUAGAGAAGGGAGUGAUUAGACCCAGUGUAUUUUUCCGUGGGGAGCACCAGUGUUGUUUGUGA